AUGAGUAGAACUAGAUUAGCCAAUGUUAUUUUGAAGUUCAUAUAUGAAAAUACCAACUUGCCUAUGUGCACGUCUCCGCGGCAGCGGCCCGGAGGCGGCCCGGCGGAGCGGGCUGCCCUAUUCCGCUCGCCCGGCUACGACGCUGAGCUUCGAAGGAAAAGAAUCUGGGCCCUCUUGGCGCUCGCUCUCGCGCUCUCCAUAACGGCUUUGCCCCCUCCCUCCCGCGCCGACGUUGGGCAGCCCGACCACGACAACGCCAGUGCCGCCGGCCUGCAGCUCGAGGCGCCGUUGAAUGAGCACGAGAGCCGGUGCACGACGGCGGCGCGGUUCCCGCACCAGCCUGCGGACCAGCGCAGUUCAGUGGCAGUGUGCAACCAGGACCAGUGUCACUUGUAUUACGACGCUGCCACGCUCGCAAGGGCCGCCUAA